CACCUGAAAACACACAAGCACAUUAAAGAUCUUCGUUAAAUUUAAAGUGGAUUAAAAAGUGUUUGUAUAUUAUGAACAAAUGUUUACGUUUAUAACUCACCUGUCAGGCCGCAGAAGCACAAGCAGAGAAAACCGCAGAUGUUCAACAUGUUAGGGGUCUGAAACUAAACACCAGUUGAAGUAAAUAUUUGUACUAACUGUAAUAGGUCUAGCUCUCACUCUUCAUUUGAGAAUGUUUGGAGGUGUUUCUCUCUUUCUGUCAGUCAUUUUGUGCUUGCUGACACAUCAUUGAGGGCGGGGUUUAUGAAGAGACAGACGCUGGCAAAGUUUUGAUGGUUCACAUCAUCAGCUGAGUCUCCAUAUGAUGAUCUCGUGAGGGGAACUAUUUCAGAGCCUUGUAAAAAAGAAAAUGAGUCUUGUGUUUGUUUUCCUCUCUUUGUGCUUCUGCUGUACAGUGGGUGUGUUUGGUGGUGAUUCAGAUGAAGUGAAGUCCGUGUCAGUGAUUGAGGGAGAAAAUGUCACGCUACACAAUAAUGAGACCGAACUACAGAGAGAUGAUCUGAUACAGUGGAAGUUUGGACCUCAGAAGACUGUCAUAGCCAAAAUGAGACAAACCAAUAAGACGUCAAUCGAUGCUGAUGUUCUUGAUGGGAUGUUCAGAGACAGACUGCAUGUGGAUGAUCAGACUGGAUCUCUCACCAUCACAAACACCGAAACCACAGACUCUGGACUUUAUCAAAUGAUCAUCAGCGGCAAACAGAAGACCUCAUACACAUUCAGUGUUACUGUUUAUAAAGCGAGUCUGACCGUUGUGAUCUAUUGUGUUGUUGUUGUUGGAUCUCUGAUGAUUGUAACUGCACUUCUGAUCUUCUACAUCUGGAGGAGAAACACAAACACACAACAAGUUUUAGAAGAGGUUCAGAGCGGUGAAGAGAUCACUUACGCAGAUCCAACCUUCAAAAAAAGACAAGCACAGCAAGCGAGAGCAGAAGUGGAGGAUGAGGUGAUGUACUCCAGCGUCAAUAAAAGACGAUGAUCAGUCUCACAUUGUGUUUGUAUUCAAGUUCAUUGUCACUUCAGCUUUAAUGUCUAUUUUAUUUUCUGUUGUUUAGUAAUAUGUUGUUGAGUGUUGUGUAGUUCAUCAUUUUUAAUUGUGUUUUAUGAGAUUUGAAGACACCAAAAGGCCCAACAUCACAGAAAGUCUACUACAGUUUAAGAGAUUGCAGAUUUUACUGCAUGUCAACAAUAAUUCACCAUAGAGUCAAUAUUAUUUACUCAGACAACAGUUUACAGACUAGAAAAUAUUGUCAGAAAUAACUGAGAGUGUGGGUAUGAGCAAAGGGUCAUUGUGGUUUUAAAAGCACGCUGUGUAUCUAGUAUUUCAUUUGGUGUGGCCUCUUCAUGACUGGGUUAAAGUCAAACCUGAUGUGGAAAGAAAUGUGGUUUUGUUCUGCUGGUAAAUACAAGACGCGUGUUGGUCUGCUCAUGGCCGUUUGUGGUUAAUGUAUCUGUGUCUGUGUGUGUAUGUGAAAGGUGUGAUUUGCUGUCCUGAUAAUAUCUUUAACUCAAAAAACAGCUUUAAUAAAGUAUUG